AUGGUUAGCGCGAAGAAGCUUCUUGGCUGUGCUUGCCUCUUGCCAGCAGCCUAUGGUGGUUACUUAAAAUCCGCCCCUACGGCCCCAGCCUCUCACUCUGACAUUGCUUCUUCAACUUCUUCGGGAAAAUACACACAGUUUACCAUUCCCACUAGCGCAGAUGUUGGCGUACAGCAGAUCGCCAAUAUUGAUGACCCCGAAGCCGUCGAUGCGCAGUCGGUUUGUCCCGGGUACAAGGCAUCGAACAUCAAGGAAUCUGCUCGUGGAUUGACCGCUACCCUGACGCUAGCCGGAAAGCCAUGCAAUGUAUACGGAACCGAUGUUGACUCGCUGAACUUUUCCAUCGAGUACCUCGCCAAUGAUCGUCUCAACGUCCAGGUUGUCCCGACUUAUCUCGAUUCUUCUAACUAUUCGUGGUUCAUGUUGGAUGAGCAUGUCGUUCCCCGACCCACUUCCGACCCUCAUGCUUCAAAGACGCAUAGUGAUCUUGAGAUCACCUGGUCGAAUAAGCCAUCCUUCCAUUUCAAGGUGACCCGCAAGGCUACCCGUGAUGUCAUCUUCGAUACCACUGGUUCAGUCUUGGUAUUUGAGGACCAGUUUGUUGAGUUUGUUACUUCCUUGCCUAAAGAUUAUAAUUUGUAUGGCAUUGGAGAGCACAUCCAGCAGCUGCGCCUCUUGAACAAUCUCACAUUGACUCUCUAUGCGUCGGAUAUUGCUGACCCUAUUGAUGACAAUAUUUACGGCUCCCAUCCUUUCUAUCUAGACACUCGCUACUAUGAGGUUAACAAUGAGGGUCACCAUAUCCUCGUUGCAAGUGACAAGGCCGAUCCGUCUAAAGACUAUGUUUCCUUCUCGCACGGUGUCUUCUCUAGAAAUGCCCACGGUCAGGAGAUCGUCAUGAACCCUGAGGGCCUGAAGUGGCGCACCCUGGGAGGUAGCAUUGAUCUCACUUUCUACUCUGGUCCUAGCCAAGCGGAUGUGACCAAGAACUACCAGUUGAGCACCAUCGGCUUGCCAGCAUUGCAGCAGUACUUCACUUUUGGCUUCCACCAGUGCCGCUGGGGUUACAAUAACUGGACGGAACUUGAACAAGUUGUCUCCAACUUUGAAAAGUUUGAAAUCCCGCUCGAGACUAUCUGGAAUGACAUUGAUUAUAUGCAUGGUUACCGCGACUUCGACAAUGAUCAAUAUCGUUAUCCCUACCGUGAGGGUGAGGUGUUCCUAGAUAAGUUGCACCGCAGUGGCCGUCAUUAUGUUCCCAUUAUAGAUUCGGCUAUCUACAUUCCAAACCCCAAUAAUGCCUCCGAUGCCUAUGAUACCUACACCCGCGGACACAAAGAUGACGUCUUCCUGAAGAAUCCCGAUGGAAGUGAGUACAUCGGCGCUGUCUGGCCCGGCUACACUGUCUUCCCCGACUGGCACAAUCCUAAGACAGGCGAUUUCUGGGCGAGCGAAAUCGUUACCUGGAACAAGAAAAUAGCCAUUGAUGGCAUCUGGAUUGAUAUGAGUGAGGUUUCUUCCUUCUGCGUUGGUAGCUGCGGAUCUGGAAAUCUUAGCAUGAACCCAGCGCACCCCUCGUUCUCCCUGCCCGGAGAGCCUGGCAACGUGAUCUAUGACUAUCCGGAAGGGUUUGGGCUCAGAAACAAGACAGAGGCUGCAUCUGCGUCUGCAGCGUCAUCUAGUCAGGCUGCUGCUGCCGAAACUGGCAGUUCUACCUCUUCGUCCAUCUCUUAUCUGCGGACCACACCCACUGCGGGAGUACGCAACAUCAACUACCCGCCAUAUGUGAUCAAUCAUGACCAAGAUGGCCACGACCUCAGCUCGCACGCUGUGUCUCCAAAUGCCACUCACUCCGAUGGCGUCCAAGAAUAUGACGUUCACAGCCUCUUCGGCCACCAAAUCCUCAACGCCACCUAUCAUGGCCUGCUGAAGGUCGAUGAAAAGAAGCGACCCUUCAUCAUCGGCCGCUCAACAUUCGCAGGCUCCGGUAAAUGGGCCGGCCACUGGGGUGGUGACAAUGCCUCUAAGUGGGCAUAUAUGUUUUUCUCUAUCCCACAAGCCCUGUCAUUCUCCCUCUUCGGAAUCCCCAUGUUCGGAGUCGACACUUGCGGCUUCAACGGCAACACCGACGAGGAACUCUGCAACCGCUGGAUGCAACUAUCAGCCUUCUUCCCCUUCUACCGCAACCACAACACCCUCUCCGCAAUCCCUCAAGAGCCCUAUAUCUGGGAAUCUGUCACGGCCGCUACCAAAUCCGCCAUGGAGAUCCGCUACGCAAUUCUCCCCUACUUCUACACCCUCUUCCACGAAGCCCACACCACUGGCUCCACCGUCAUGCGCGCCCUGGCCUGGGAGUUCCCCACAGACCCCUCCCUCGCCGCAGUUGACACCCAAUUUCUCCUCGGCCCCUCAAUCAUGGUCAUCCCCGUACUCGCGCCGCAAGCCAUCUCUGUCAAGGGCAUUUUCCCAGGCCUCAAGCACGGUGAGGUGUGGUACGAUUGGUACACUCAGACCACCGUGGACGCAAAGCCAGGUGUUAACACUACCAUCCCCGCUCCGCUCGGGCAUAUCCCGGUUUUCGUGCGUGGAGGCAGCGUCUUGCCGAUGCAGGAGCCGGCUUUGACUACCAAGGAGGCGCGUGCCACGCCCUGGUCUUUGCUUGUUGCUCUCGGCGGCAGUGGAGCUGCCUCUGGGAAGUUAUAUCUCGAUGACGGAGAGAGCAAUGUUCCGGAUGACACGCUUGAUGUUACUUUCAAGGUCAAGGGGUCCAGCUUGAGUGCCAAGGCAAAAGGUAACUGGGAGGAGUCGAAUCCUCUCGCUACUGUUACUGUUCUCGGUGUUUCCAAGAAACCUGGCACUGUUAGACUUAACGGCAUGCCUGUCCCAGCUUCUGGUGUGGAAUACAAUGCUACAUCACAUGUGUUGUGUGUUUGUGGUUUGCAGGAGUUGACCAAGGAGGGUGCUUUCAGUGGGAACUGGACUUUGAAGUGGUAG